UGGCAGAGGGACGUGGGCUGGGGCUGAGGGCCGAGGUGCCACACCGCUCCGUGGGCUGCCGUGGGCCGGCCCAGCACCUCCCGACUCGCGCAUCGCCGGCUAUUCGCCGCGCAGGCACGGCUACGGCGGCCAUCGCCGAGAGGGACGAGGCGCCCCGGGCGCGGGGAGAGCCCACGGGCAUGCAGGAGAUGGCGGCGCUCGCUCACCCGGCCGCCUUGCCCCCCCCCUCCCCCGGCGAGGGCGGGCAGCCCCACGCACCUCCCGUCGGCGCGGGCCGGGAGGGAGGCGGGGAGGGGGCGGCCCAGCGCCGCCGUGCGCUGCAAGGUGUGUCCCAGGUGCCCAGGCUAUAUCAGGCGGGGCGGCGGGGCGGUGCAGCUGUCCCAUGGCGGCGCCCGCCAUGGCCGAGCCGCGCUCCAAGCGGCCCCGCGUCACGCUGCCCGCCUGCCCGGCGCACCGCCCGCUGCCCGGCAGCCGCGUGAGGCAGAGCUUUCCGCCCGCCGUGGAGGAAGGCCUCUGCGGUGUCACCGGCGCCCUGCUGGAGCUCGCCUACUGCCUGCAGGCGCUGGGUGAAUAUUUUGAUCAGUCUCAUGUGGCUCUACCAAAUGUUUCAAAGUUCUUCUUGCAUCAAGCGCUGGAAGAGAGAAAAGCUGCAGAAGCUUUGAUGAAGUAUCAGCAAGAAAGAGGUGGCCAUUACUGUUCUAAAACCAUCCAGAAACCAAACUGUGAGUAUGCAGUCGGUCUGAUGAAAGCCCUGGAAGUAGCAAUGAUACAGUGGAAAACUAUGAUACGAUAUUUUGAAGAGCUUUAUGCCCUGAGUAUUGAAAAUGCAGACCCUCACAGUGCAAGCACUAUCAAGAAACAGUUUAUCGGGCCCAAAAUCCAGAAGAUCAAGCUGAUGGGAGAUCUACUGACCAAUGCUCGCAGGCUUGACUGUUCCCAAGAUGGCAGAAAUAGUCUUGGGGAUUACUUUAUGGACCGGUUGCAGAAAGAGUUCAGAACCGGCAUAGAGCCAGAGUCUAGCCAGCACUGCAGCCCCUGCCCGCCUCUCCAGCACUGUACAGGAGCUGCAGAGGGUCUGAAGCGACCCCAGAGAGAAUCUUCCCAGCACAGAAACGGCAUAGGGCCAAUAUACGCAACCAUCCACUGCACUACCAUGCUGCCGCAGUGUAAUGAUGGAACAGGAGCAAAAGUGAAGCAGGGCAGGGAGGGCCUUUAAUGCUGUGGCUGUUGCAGAUAUGAUGCAGUACCUAAGGCAGACCUGUACAGAGGGUGGACUUGAGACCACAGCUCAGGAGACAUGAUGCUGUAUUGCUCCUCCUGCUUUACAGCCUGACCCCUGGUCCACUGUGAGUCACAGCUCAAAACCUGGCCCAUACCCUUAUUUUGUUAAAAUGAUAGCAAGGUUGCUAGUUACUUAGACUGUUGGCAUUAGUCACACUUUUAUCUAUGCAAUUCUUCCUAGAAGCCAAAAGCUUUUAAGCCUCUCUUCUGUCUUAAAUGAUUAAUAGGCUUAGUUAGUGCAAAUUAUUUUUAACAGUAUAUAUAACUUUUUUAAAAAAAAAAAAACACCACCAAAAUGUAACUUUAGUACAAGGAAACUUCUAUGUGGCAGAAAAUCCAAAGAUUUAGUUUUAUAUUAAAUAUUUUAUACUACUACCAAGUAUACUAACAUAAUGAACUUUUUUAAAGACUUGUUUUAAAACAAAGUUUUCUUGUCUUAUUUCUGUCAUAGUAGCAAUUUAAAUAAGUAGUCUAAUUCAUUUACUUAUCACCCAGCUAUUUCUAGUGGUAUACUUCUCCAAGAUAAAGGAUGGAAACAUUUCUUCAACAGUGGGAAUAAGACAACGUGCUGUUUUUCUCUACAGUUAUUUGCCUAGUUGGCUUUUCUCAUCCUCAGAAAGCAGAUGAUAAAUUAGGGGUUCUCAUUAGAUGUGAUCUUUACGGGCUCUAGUGCCUAUCUUGCAAAUGUCACUGAAGACUCUCACUCUAGGGCAUCCUAGACUUAACCUAGGAUGGUUGCUUUAAUUACCAUCCAGACCCUUACUUCAGCUGGCUAGAUUAUGGUAUUACUAUGAUACUACUGCUAAUUCUUAUAUUCUCUAUCUUGGGCCUCAGUAGAGGAAUGAGAUCCUAGUGAAAAUGCAGCACACUUAACUAGAAUUGCAUUGUAGAAAGUGGCCACUCAAUAGUUUUGCAUUUCAGUUAGGGCAGUGUUCAAUUAGGGGGGCUAUUAGCACCACCCCACCUAAAGCCUUUACUUUAGCCAGCUUGGUUAAAGUUCAGAGGUGUCCAAAUUCCUUCCAUUCAUCUCCUACAGGAGUGCCCCUUGUACACUGGCUACCAAGGUCACCUAAGAAGAGCAACUGGCUCUGCAGCUAGGGCUUUUUUUGUCAUUAUAUAUGACAUCUUUUAUGCAGUUAGGGUUUGCUUCAUUGAAAAACUGUCUCACACUUUAUGUAAUACUGUAAGCAAUACUCCUAUUAUGCUUGAAAAUAAAUUCAGUUCAAUGUUAAAAAUGGCACUUUGCAUCUACAUUGUAUUCCUCAAUUUACCACAUAGGCAUGCUAGUAUUCUUUUCCAAGGGAUUUUUGCAUAUGUAUCCAAAACUGCACCAGUACUUUUCUACUACUAAGAAAGUUGCACAAGAUGGAAGAGUAGACAACAGAAUGAAAAUAAAUAUCUGAAAACUGCAUUAAGAUAAGAACAUGGCACAAUAAAAUACUUUCAGUAAACUCUGACUUUUAUACACAGCUGCAGUUAAGUAGCCAUUUCUGCAGAACUGUAUUAGCCCACCUACUUUCUGUUGAUGGUGUGACACAGGACAAUUACAAUGCAGAUGCUUUCCCAAUCUUUCCAUUAAUAUGAUUCAACCUUGGGGGAGGGAGGAUCGCUUUAAAACAAUCCCUGUAUUCAUCUGUGAAAAUAUUGCAGUGUGCUGUAAGAAUGGCUUGAAGUACUUUUAGCAACAUGCCAGAUUUGCCUAUGUCGAGAUGGCUGCUCUCUAAUACAGCAGUAGUUUAAAAGAUAUUUCCAUCUGGGCUAGAUUCCAUCACCCAUCCUCAUGCUGAGCAUACCUUAUUCAACAAUUAGUUCCACUGACUGCAAUGCAACAUAAAAAAGAGCAAUGGAAUCCAUCCCUCUCAGUAUUAAAAUACAGCUCACUAAGUAUGAAUAGGGCAAAGCUACUAACUGAAUUAUAAACUAGUACCAUAUAAAACCACUUCAAAUACUAGUGGUAAUGUUUGACCUACUUCUACAGCAAUCUUCUCCUUUAAGAGUUGGUGACCUUCUGAAAUGUAGGUACAGCCUCCUCCAAGGUUUCCAGCACUUAAGACUGUCUUUUACCUUAAAUUAAUUUCAAUGUAACAAAGGGACCAAAACUUAAUUUUUUCAAAGCAAGGCUUACCUGCCUCUUCUUUUUCCCUGACAUACUGCCAUGCCUAUUUCUCAGAGACUCUUCUCAUAUUCAUCUUUCUAGCCAAAUGUAUCCACACAUUCUCAGAUUUUAGGUCCUUCUUUCUCCCUUUUCCAAAACACCUUCUGGGCCCUCUGCCUGAAGAGACAAUUCCGGUCAUUUUAGAUAAACUCACAAUGAGCUAUUUUCCCAGCCUCUACACUCUGAAAAAGAAAAAUCAAUCAGUUACUGAUGAUAACAAGCUCUUCUUGUCCACACGCUGCUUCUGUUGAGAGGGCAGGCACAUACACUGAAUAUGACCUCAAACUUUCUUAACAAUACCUGUCUAUUGGGUAUGAGUCUGUUGAUGCUUCUCAGCACAGGAAGUACAACCUGCCUCUGCCUUCCCAGCUUCCUUUUCAGUCACACCCUGAAAAAAAAGGAGAUGAAGGAUGAAUGUGGAACAGGUAUAAGGGCAACAACACCUACAGAAACUUCACAAAUUCUCCUUCUCUGCUGAAUGGUUGUUCAUACGCACACUCUGUAUCUGUACUUCCAAAGCAAUGCCCAAACCAUCCAAACACACAAUCUAGGGCAGCUCAGAAUAGCUACAGCAGCACCACUACCCUAAAUAGAGCAUCCAAACUGGAACUCUGGAGAGCCCUAAUCUUUACUGAAAUUAUGAGUUACAGCCACAGAAGCUUCCAAACAGGUAUUAACAAUGGCAUACUUCUAAAUGCUUGCCAUAAGCACUACCGAUGGUUGCAUGGAAAGGGCCCUUUUUGCCACCUACUCUGAGUGAGGAAUUCACUUAAAGUCUCUAGGUGGAGAUCAUGCUGUCCUUCAUCUUCUCAAUUUGUGUGGCCAUAGUUGAGAGGAGUACUUCAGGAUUUGUUCUUUGCAAGGACUUUUUUCAGGCCCCACUGUAAAAGGCAGCAUCCUUCUGGACAAACCCAUCUUUGGGAAUAACGCUGGAAACUGAAUAUUAGUUCUGGUGGCAGCAGCAGGGAAGGAGUCCUCAAGGGCACCUUCACUGGAAGAUCACUCUGAGCAGAAUUCACCAUCUGGUCAUGGCCUUCUGACUUUCACUUAGGUGAAUUCAUGCACUUAAGCUCAUUCACGGGCAAUUACUGGCAGUCUCCUUGUGUUGCUUGUCCAAGUCCCACCAUUCGUUACCACUUUGCCCAAGGUAACCACUAUGCAUGCACAUCCCAGAGUGCCUUUUCCUGGAGUCAAAUAUAACCUAGAAACACACAGUGGCAGAAUACACUACAUCACUGGCUAAAUAUUAGGUAAAAUUACCUUUUUCAUAAAUGAAACCAGUGAUCUGGAGAGAGUUUAAGUGUCUUGAGUGGGUCACACAGCCAGCACCAAGCCUUGAUAUCCCAAUUUACACGUUCAGUUGUGACAGCAUACAACUAUUUCUCAUUUAUAC